CAUUAUACUAUUCUUGCCAGAUUGUCAGAAUCUUGUGCAAUGCGGCGGUCUAUGAUACAAUAUUUCUAAUAAUUGUAUUGUGUGUUUAGUUUACUAAUUAAAUUCUAUUGCAAGUGCGAGUUUAUUGUUAAGCGUAAUAAUUGGUCCGUGACCAUGCCAGAUAUGGACAAGUUAACUCUCGCCGAGAUAUACACUUCGGACAAGAAUGGAAACGAUGAGACAGGGGACGGUACGGAGGCUAAGCCUUUUAAAACAAUAUUGAAGGCUAUGAAACAUGCCGGCAAGGAGCCUUUUCCUACUAUCUACGUUGACGCAAAAGAAGAUGGGAAAACUUAUGAAGUAGCAGCGAAGUCUCAGUUGAAGAAGAUUCAGAAGAUCUGGGUACGCGAGAACUACAAGGCGGCGGACAAGGCGAAAGCGGAAGACGAGAGCAAUGAGAAGAGACAACAGAACUUGGAAGAGGCCAAGAAAAUCGUUAUCAAAGAGGACCCCAGCCUGCCCAAGGCGACCGUUGUGAAGAUAUUCGAAGCAACGGAGUACCGGGGCAAGCGUAUCUGCGUCCGCGGCUGGGUACAUCGCUUGCGGCGGCAGGGGCGGGCGCUCAUGUUCCUCACACUGCGAGACGGCACCGGCUACCUUCAGUGCGUCCUACACGGAGCCCUCUGUCAGACCUACAACGCCCUGGUACUAUCUACCGAGUCAUCCGUCAUCCUGUACGGACAACUCGAAGUCGUGCCUGAGGGGAAGACUGCUCCGGGCGGGCACGAGUUGACGGCUGACUACUGGGAGCUGGUGGGGCUGGCCCCCGCCGGCGGGGCCGACGCUAUCCUCAAUGAGGACGCUCUACCCGACGUGCAGCUUGAUAACCGGCACAUAAUGAUCCGCGGCGAGAACACCUCGAAGGUCCUCCGCGCUCGCGCCGCCGUCACCCGCGCCUUCCGGGACCACUUCGCCAGCAGGCACUACACGGAGGUGACCCCGCCCACCCUGGUGCAGACGCAGUGUGAAGGCGGCAGCACGCUCUUCAAGUUCAAGUACUUCGGAGACGACGCUUACCUGACGCAGAGCUCGCAGCUGUACCUGGAGACAUGCCUGCCGGCGCUGGGUGACGUGUACUGCAUCGCGCAGUCAUACCGGGCCGAGCAGUCGCGCACCAGGAGACAUCUCGCCGAAUAUAGCCACGUGGAAGCGGAGUGUCCGUUCAUAACGUUCGAGGAUCUGCUGUCCCGGCUGGAGGACCUGGUGGUGGACGUGGUGGAGCGCGUGCUGGCCUCGCCCGCGGGGCCGCUCGUACGAGAGCUCAACCCCAACUUCAAGAAACCGGAGAAGCCAUUCAAGCGUAUGGCGUACACGGAAGCCAUCGAGUACCUCCGGGAACAUAACAUCACCAAAGAAGACGGAUCCUUCUAUGAGUUCGGAGAGGACAUCCCCGAGAUGCCGGAGCGCAAGAUGACAGACGCGAUAGGCGUGCCGAUCCUGCUGUGCAAGUUCCCGGCGGAGAUCAAGUCGUUUUACAUGUCGCGAUGCGCGGACGACGCGCGGCUCACCGAGUCCGUGGACGUGCUCAUGCCGGGCGUGGGCGAGAUCGUGGGCGGCUCCAUGAGGAUAUGGGACCACCAGGAGCUCAUGGAAGGCUACAAACGCGAGGGCAUCGACCCUUCCCCGUACUACUGGUACACCGACCAGCGCAAGUUCGGCUCCGUGCCCCACGGCGGCUACGGGCUGGGGCUAGAGAGGUUCCUGUGCUGGCUUCUGGACCGGUACCACAUCCGCGAGGUGUGCCUGUACCCACGCUUCCUUGAGCGUUGUACGCCAUAAGCUGCCACGGAAAGACACGUGGGUGUUUUUUUUUUAACUUAUACAUGUUAUUUCGGUGGCGCAUUUUCCUUUUUGUCCGAAUUUGAGAGUGUGACUUGUAAGUCAGUACAAAACUAACACAUCAGUCACACACAGUCAUCAGUCGUCUUGUACAUUGUUAAGAGCCCCCAGCGUUCCCUAUUAGAGCCCUUAGCACUUUCCAUUUGUCCGGCCAAAUAGUUAAUGCCAUUUGCGGCAAAUCUACAAUUAACCACGUCAAUAAAAAAUGUAUAUCGUAGGGGCUUCGAAUCUCGGCUGAGACUCUAAAUCACGUGGUUUACAGGAUUAGUACCCUUUUAAUAAUGGCUAUAGGCUCGUCCCCUAUUACAUGGGACUUACACAUAGCUGGCAAAAAGGGGGUGUAUACUAUACGCCUUUGGGGAUAUAGCAUCAUGUUAUGUUAUGCUUUUGUUUUUCCAAACAUUUAAUAAGCGUCUCAUAGAACAUUCGACUACAUCGACAGAAAUGUAUCCCAUUCAAAAUACAUAAUACCGGGUUCUUACCGCGUUUUUAACGAUAAAGCGAUAAUACUGAUUACUCAUAUGCCUCGGAGUCUCAUAUGCCUGAUUUUUACGCGGUAAGAGCCCGGUAUUUUGUGUUUUUAUUAUAAUAAUAACCUGCGUAAACCUCAAACAAUGUAUAUAUUCUAUUGUCGCUUUAUCGUUAGAAAAACGCCACCUAAAUUACGUGUACUUUAAAAAAUCACCCAGGUAUAAAAUACCUAAACACGUUCUCCGAAAACUAUCCGCUAAACUAUCUAUUCAACAGCCUAUAUACGUCCCACUGCUGGGCACAGGCCUCCCCUCAAUCAACCGGAGGGAAUAUGGAGCACACUCCACCACGCUGCUCCACAACCUCUGUUCUAUUACAGUUAAAACAGCCAUCGUAGCCAGGGCUAACAUAUGCAACGUAUUAAAAUUCUGUCACGGUAAUUUUAUCGAUUCUGACGAUAUAAUUAUGUCGUUUUGUCGAUUGGUGCUAACAUGUGAACCCAAAUAAGUCAUGUCGUUCUGUCAAAAUAUGAACAAAAAUCACGUGACACGCAUGUUAGGGACGAAACAAAUUUAUCGAUUUAGACAAUAUUUAUCGAAUCGAUCGAUAAUUUUAUCACGAUGCGCAUGUUGACCCUGCUGGAUUUCUUUCUAGAAGUCGACCAACCUCAAUAUAAACACAUCUUUAGGUAUUUCGUACACAGCCUAAACUAUGAUCCAACAGACGUAACUUGAUUAGAUACCUAGGUGGUGGCAGCAUGUCAGAGACAAGCGCCAUCUAGCGAAAACGGGAUGUAACCUUUUUUAUCAUAAAACAAAAGAAAAACAAUAAAAAACAAAAUAGUAACAAGAACGACGCCGUUUCAUUUUCCCGCUCCUUAUAUUAAAUUUAUUUUAUAAAACCAAAUAUAUCCAAUUAUUAUCCAUAUUAUUUACCUAUUUCUUCAUUAUGACGUAUAUUUAGUCUCGAGGAGCACGGUGGCGCAGCGGUAAACGCGCUCGGUCUGCGAUUGUUGAAGUAAAGCAACUUUCGCAAAGGCCGGUCAUAGGAUGGGUGACCACAAAAAAAAGUUUUCAUCUCGAGCUCUUCCGUGCUGAAGGCACGUUAAGCCGUUGGUCCCGGCUGCAUUAGCAGUCGUUAAUAACUGUCAAUCCGCACUGGGCCCGCGUGAUGGUUUAAGGCCCGAUCUCCCUAUCCAUCCAUAGGGAAGGCCCGUGCCCCAGCAGUGGGGACGUUAAUGAGAUGAUGAUAAUAUUUUGUCUCUUUCGUACUAUUAAACAGAACGACCAGUUCAAUACAAUUAGUGAACAUCCUAUCUUGAAAGUUUGUGAGAAUGGAUGUUUGUUACUCUUUCACGCAAAAACUACUGAAUGGAUUUUAAUGAAACUUUACAAUAAUGUAGCUUAUACAUCAGGACAACACACAGGCUUCAACAAUUUUAAAAAAAUCGGUAAUCCUUACCGCGGAAACCGAAAUCCACGCGGACGGUCGCAGGCGACCGCUAGUAUUUCAAUAAAUUUAACAUUUUACAAUAGCUUCAAAUGCGCGGUAUGAAUUAGAUCUGACAAAGUACGUAAGCUAGUGUUGUGAAGUUCAUUAGCACAGUGAUGUAUCAGUCGAUAUUAGGUCGAUCGAUUCUUUUCUAUUUAAUAGUAUAGAUAUCUCUUUCGCACGAGGCGAUAUAUUAUAUAUCUGUCCUGCUCUCAUUCUUCAGGUUACGUUUGUUGGACUAUAUUUGUUUAUCUUAUCCUAUAUUCAGUGGAAUUUAAUUAAUAAUUAUGCAUUUAUGCUGCAUAUUAUUUGUAUUUAAGCUAUUUAUUGUAGCUAAAGUUAUUUGCUAAGUACACAAAUACGACUCGAAAUUGUUUGCAUUUUCAUUUGAAUUUAAAAUACAUAAAUAAUUAAAACAGGAAUGCAUUCCACCGAGAAGUCAAAUGUAUGUGGCGUUGUAUAUGAAAUAGUAUUUGAAUAAAAGCUUGUUUUGAAA